AUGGGUGAGCUGGUCCUGGCUUGCGGAGCCCAUUUUGCACAUUCACAAGCGCGUGGGUUGCAUCGUUUCUUACCUAUCUUACUUUGUCGUACUAAUGAUUUCAAACCAUCUAAAGUUGCUCGCGGAGCUUGGUUGGCGCCUUGCACGCUCAAUAUGAUGCAUAAACAGGCACUUAAACGGCUGAUAAAAAAAUCUGAAAUUCCAGAGUCGGCAAAGAAUCACAACAAUAAGAAACAAGCACUUUCGACCAGCAGUGAGACUCCAAUAUCUGGCACAUAG